CCUUCAAUGGAGGCUGGAGCGUCAUCUGCUUCUCACAUUUAUUUAACUUCGUCCCGAUUACUCGUUUUGUUUUGCUCCCAUAACCUGUUGAGCAUUACUCCUUCACUGUACAAAAGAAUAGCAUAAUUCGUAGCGUUAUUCUUUUAUUGUAGUUGAUCAGGCGACUGUCAGAAAUGCACGCAGCUGCACAUAACCGGAGCAGAGAGCUGCUGAAUGGAGAAUUAGCUAAAUCUUGAUUUAGAUUGCGAGAAAGGGAUAAACAGAAAAUAAAAUACAAUCAUCUUGCUGGGCACACUGAAGAUCAAGGCCCGGAUAUCGCAUUUGGACGUGUAACUGAUUCAUAUCUGAGAACGCAGUUCUCCUGAGCCAUGGGCGCGUUCCUGGACAAGCCGAAGACGGAGAAGCACACUGCGCACGGCGCGGGGAACGGGCUGCGCUACGGGCUGAGCAGCAUGCAGGGCUGGCGGGUGGAGAUGGAGGACGCGCACACGGCCGUGGUGGGCCUGCCGCACGGCCUGGACGACUGGUCCUUCUUCGCCGUGUACGACGGGCACGCCGGCUCCCGCGUGGCCAACUACUGCUCUCAGCACCUGCUGGAGCACAUUGUCACCGGGAGCGACGGUUUCCGUGGGGACGGUGGUGGGGAAGGGGAAGGGGAAGGGGGCGGGGGGAGCGAGCCGCCCUCGGUGGAGGGCGUGAAGAGCGGCAUCCGCUCGGGCUUCCUGCGCAUCGAUGAGCGCAUGCGCGGCUGCCUGGCCGACGCUGCCAGCGGCCCGCUGGACCGCAGCGGCUCCACGGCGGUGGCCGUGCUGCUGUCGCCUGAGCACCUGUACUUCAUCAACUGCGGCGACUCGCGCGCCGUGCUGUGCCGAGCCGGCGCCGUGGGCUUCAGCACGCUCGACCACAAGCCCUGCGACCCGCGCGAGAGGGAGCGCAUCCAGAACGCCGGCGGCUCCGUCAUGAUCCAGCGCGUCAACGGCUCGCUGGCCGUCUCGCGCGCCCUCGGCGACUACGACUACAAGUGUGUGGACGGCAAGGGCCCCACGGAGCAGCUGGUGUCCCCGGAGCCCGAGGUGUUCGAGAUCCCGCGUGCCCCCGAGGACGAGUUCGUGGUGCUGGCCUGCGACGGGAUCUGGGACGUCAUGAGCAACGAGGAGCUGUGCCAGUUUGUGGGCUCCCGCCUGCAGGUGUGGGACGACCUGGAGAAGGUCUGCAACGCCGUGGUGGACACCUGUCUGCACAAGGGAAGUCGGGAUAACAUGAGCGUGGUGCUGGUGUGUUUCCCGAACAGCCCCAAGGUGUCUGAAGAGGCUGUGAAGAAAGAGGAAGAGCUGGACAAGUACCUGGAGUCCCGCGUAGAAGAAAUGAUGGAGACGUCUGGCGAGGAAAGCCCUCCUGACCUGGCCCACGUCAUGCGGAAUCUCUCCACAGAAAACAUCCCCGACCUGCCACCAGGGGGCGGACUCGCCAGCAAGCGCAGUGUGAUCGAAGCAGCUUACCGCAGACUGAACCCUCAGAGGGAAGAGGACGGGAACGGUGGAGACCUAGACGACACCUGGUAGCCUGGCGACCGGGCUGCCAUCCCAGCACAAGAAUGCGCUCAGUUUACACGGAAGAAACAGUCAUUCGUCUCUUUGUUUGUUUUGUAAUUUUUUUCAAUAUCAAGAGCUUGUUUUGGAAUCUAAAGGUUUUUGCCCCCCAGAGAAAAGAAACAAGAAACAAGAAACAAACACAACCCAAAAGGAUUGCGGAGAUUUUUUUUUAAAUCGGAGGACCCUACAUUUUUUUUUUUUUUGUAGGAUGUUUGAAACAGAG